AUGUUUACCCCUUACCGUUUUUGCAGCUCCUCUCGAAGAAACUACUCAGAGGUGGAGCUGAUGGAGCUUAACCAAAAAGCUACGCAAGCAUUUAAGGAAGGGAACUACGAGGAGGCGAUUGAUCUGUGGGAGGUGGUCUCACGCUCAGAGAACCAUUCAAGGGACAGCCCGGCUGUGAUAAGCUGCCUCAACAACCUAGCCUCUGUCUAUGGCAAAAUAGGCAAAAACGUUCGGAAGAUCGAAAUUCUCGAAAGCGCUCGACAAGUUGCAGAGAGGGUGUAUGGCGUGAAGCACCCGCAGUACGCCAUGUCGCUCUAUCAUCUAGCCUGUGCCAAAGAGGAGGUAGGCAUGUACGAAGACAUGUGUCGAUGCGUGGAAGAGUCCUUAGCGGUGCAUGAGAAACAUUUUAAUCCCAAAAGCAUCAAGGUGGCCCGCGUAUUACUUUUAUUGGCAAAUGCGCAUGAGAAGCUCGGCCAGCCAGGGGCCCAGCUGAGUAGCGCUGAGCGCGCUUAUGAAAUAACCAAGCACCACUACGGUGCGGAACACAUGCAAACAGCAUCCGCGUUGAUGAUACUUGGCCGCGCCUACGGUGCGAACAAUCAACCGGAGCAAUACCUGAAGCUCGCGCAAAGAGCGUUUGAGAUUCAGGAAAAUCGACUGGGCGCUAACAACCCCCAGCUCGCUCUAGGCCUGUUGGAGCUCGCCAAGGCGCACGCGGCGAGCGGGGAUUACGUUAAGCAGAAGGAAUUGUUGGAACAGGCAAUAGGUGUGCAGGAGCAGGCUCUUGGCGAACAGCCCACCUAUCUUGUGGAUACCUAUCUAUCCCUCGGCGACGCGUAUCGGCAGUUCGGAGAGGUGGCGUCUAUGGCUCAGUGUUAUAACGAAGCCCUGAAAAUCGCACAGCACCGGGAUGGUGAGAAUCCUGUAGAAGUUGGGAGAGCUGCCACGAAAGCGGCGCUGGGGAAUCUACAACAGGGUAGCCUAGCAAAGGCACGUCGGCUUGCCGAUGAAGCGACGGAACUGUUGUCGAUGGUAUCACCCAGUCAUCCCUUGGCAAAGGAGUUGACUGAAAUCAAAGAGAAGCUAGCAGAAAAAGAGAAACGGAAACAAUAG